AUGCGAGUGACCAGCUAUCUAUCUAUCUAUCUAUCUAUCUAUCUAUCUAUCUAUCUACAUCGAUUCAUAUCUAUCCAUCUAUCUAUCUAUCUACAUCUAUUCGUAUCUAUCAUUCUAUCAUCUUUGUUCUUUCCGUCUCUUCUCUUUUCUUUCACUUUCUUUUCCGGCCAAGAAUCAACAUAUGACCAGCUUCUGUCUUUCUUUCUUAAAUUUUCAUUGAUUUUUCUCGUUCUUUCUUUUUUUUCAUUUUUUUUACAUGUCUUUUUCUUUCUUGUGUCUGGCUUUUUUCUCCUCUUUCCUUUCUGUUUUCUUGUUAUCACCUUUCUUUUCGUCUAUUUUUUUCUUUUUUAUUAUAACCUCUUAAUAUUUCUUUUUCGCUUUCUCCUUAUUCGUUUCUAUUUUCCGUUUUUCAUUUUUCCUCUUUUACUUAAAUUUUAUUCAGUAAUUUCCUCUGACAUUUGUUCUUUCUUCCUCCUUUUUGUCCUUUUUUCUUUGAUUUCUGUCUUUCUCUCUCUCCUUAAUCAUUCUUCGCGGAAUUUAAUUUCUUUCCCCUUUUGUUAUUCAUCUCUUUCUUUUCAUUUUUUGCUUUUCUUGCUCUUCUUUUUGUCUUUAUUAUCCGUUUCUUUUUCCUAUUUUCUUCUUCCCAUUCUUCUUUUAUUUAUCUUUCUUCUUCUUUUCUUUUCUUCAUUCUUCUGUUACCUCAUCUUUUUCUCUCACUUUUUCCUUUCUUUUUCUUCUUUUUUUCUUUCUUUUACCUAUUCUUUUUCUUUCUUUCUUUACUUUCCUUUUCUUUAUUAUUCGUUUCCGUUUACUUUUUCUCUCUCUCUCUUUCAUUUCUUCUUCUUCUUUCUUUCUUUCUUUUUCUUAUUCUGCUUCUCAUUCUUCUUUUUAUCUUUUCCUUUUUUCUUCUUUUCCGUUUUCUUUUUUAUCUCUCUCUUCCUUUUCGUCGUCGUCAUCUUAUUUCUUUCUUUUCUUUCUUUCUUUCUUUCUUUCUUAAUUUCUUUUACUUAUUUUUCUUCUUUCUUUCUUUCUUUUCCUACUCCACUUCUCCUCAUUCUUCUUCUUUUUAUCUGUUCCUCUUCUUUUCUCUUUCCCUUUCUUUUUAUUCUUCUUUCUUUUUCCCGUUCUUCUUUCUUUCUUUCUUUCUUUCUUUCUUUCUUUCUUUCUAUUCUUCUUUCUUUCUUUCUUUCUUUCUUUCUUUCUUUCUUUUUUUAUCUUUUUUCUUUUCUUUUCUUCAUUCUUCUUUUUCCUCUUCUUUUUCUCUCUCUUUCACUUUCUUCUUUCCUUUUCCCAUUCUUUGUUUCUGUCUUUGUUUCUUUGUUUCUUUGUUUCUUUGUUUCUUUGUUCCUUUGUUUCUUUCUUUCUUUCUUUCUUUCUUUCUUUCUUUCUUCUCAUCCCUCUUUAUUUCCUUUCCUUUUUCUUUCUCGAUUCUAUUUCUCUAUACUCAAAGCACUAACCUAUCCCCCUUUCAAAACGCGAAACCCAUCACCUCCACCGCACAUCACAUCCGACUCGCGUUUAUUCAAUACUCAUUCUUUAUUCUCCUUCUUUCAAAUCUAUUUUUUCUUGACUCAUCAGUCUGUUCACUUUGCCUGUCAACUACCAUCUUACACGACUUACCAGAUGAAGAAGCGCAAAUCGUCUGUUGUCAACACCAUCCGCCGUUCUCAUCACCUGCCUUCAAGCUCCCUAACCACGUUUAUUGUAUUCAAAGUCUUCCCUGACAAAGCGACCCUUAUAUACGAAGGAUUGAUGGAAAAUAGUGACAGAGAAAGCGAGGGAAUGUCUCCACUUUAUUUCGACAAAGGGUUACUCUUCAUUUAA